UCAAAUAAACACGGUGUAUGGCUUGUAUUUCGGAUCACAAUCGAACAUUCGGCCGACUCCUCAACGCUCACCGUGAACGACGAUGCGUGUUCAAUCCAUGCCCCACGGAAACUCGCCCAACGUCCUGUACAAAAGUUCGUCAACGUGUUCACAGAUAUCGUGAUCAUUCCCGUGGGAUUGAACUCACCAGCCGAUCCGAAGCCGUUUUUGUACACGUUCCUGGGUGGCAUCGAGAGAGAAAGCCAUUCAACUGACGGCUCGAUGUUGCUCCGCCCGAUAUACCAGUGCGCCGUAGCGAAUCUGCUCGGUUGUAUGAGAGGCGUUCGAAUCGGCGGGGAACUGGUGGACUUGCGCCAUACAACUCAUGGUUAUCGACCGAGCGACCCAUCCCUUGUCCGUUCCGAUUGUGAUGUGGGAUGUAGUGCACUGGAUUGCAGAAAUGGCGGACAUUGUUCGGUGGCGUGGCGCGGAGUCGGGGGAAAAGUUGCGUGUGACUGUUCACGGACGAGUUAUGCUGGACCUCAUUGUACAGUUGAUGAAGGCAUCACGCUUGCCUCAAAUGCGCACUUCACAUUCGAUCUAGGGCGAAGCUCACACAGAAGUUGCAAUUCGCAUUUCGCCCCAACGUCUCCGUCAACCACUCAUCAGACACUUGCCACCGUAUUGUUCAACGAUGAGCGGCUAUUCGAAGUGAUUCUGAACAGAAACGGAUCUGUGAACGUGGGUAUCGUGGAUGACAGCAAAAGAACAGUUGUGCGGACGUUUGUCGGAAAUUUUUCCAAUGGUUAUCGACAUUUCUUCGUCGCUCGUUUCGGUGAACAUCAAGCUACGACUGUGACCGUCAGUUUGUAUGCCGAAUUCGACUGUCCAGCUGGUCCUCCCGGAUCACCUGGAGUACCUGGUCAACCCGGAGAUCACGGACCACAUGGAAAUCCUGGUCUAAGAGGUGCAAAUGGAGUUCAAGUUAGUGUUCUGCGUGAAAAUAGAAAUGAAUGCUUCCCCUGUCCCCAAGGACCAAGAGGACCACCUGGGCCCGAUGGACCUAUAGGAAUGGCAGGUGUUCAUGGCGUCUUUGGCUACAGAGGAAUGAAAGGC